CUAUAUGACACACUGUCUAAAUCAGUCUAUAUGACACACUGUCUAAAUCAGUCUAUAUAACACACUGUCUAAAUCAGUCUAUAUAACACACUGUCUAAAUCAGUGUAUAUGACACACUGUCUAUAUAACACACUGUCUAAAUCAGUCAAUUGAGACACCUGCCGGAGUACAAGGAGCUUCUGGAGCUGAAGAGAAUGAAGAAACACAAACUGCAGGAGAUCCAGGCUGAGAGUAGCAUGGCCCUGCACCAUGGAUACAAGUGUGACGUGUGUGGUGUGGAGCCCAUCCAGGGCGUGCGGUGGCAUUGUCAGGACUGUCCCUCAGACAACGCUGUGGACUUCUGUUCCAACUGCUCCGACUGCCUGUACAAGACAGAGAGCCACCUGCCCAGCCACCAUCUGGAGCCUGUCCAUCACCAUGAGACCUUCCUAGACAGGGACUACUGUCUGGCUCAGACCCCUGGAUAUAACUACCUGGACCCCAACUACUACCCUGCUAACAGAUGACAGCAUGGCCCCUAAUCUCAGCCCUGGGGCCACAGCUACAGACCCCUAGCCUCCUGAUCCAGCACCUGGGCCACAGUUUCAGCUACACCGAGCGGCUCCUUCCUGGUCCAGCCCUGGGGCCACAGUUUCAGCUACACCGAGCGGCUCCUUCCUGGUCCAGCCCUGGGGCCACAGUUUCAGCGGCCCUCAGCCAGCCAGCCCCUGGCUGAGCUGAACAUAAUGGAAAUAUAAAAAACACUAUUUAAAAUAAAAUUUUAAAAAACUGAAAAAGGCACACUGACAUUCCUGAGUGCCGAGACAGAAGAGGGUCCUCCCUCCUCUCCGGGUUUAGUGGGCCUACUACUAUUCAGGGUCGUGUUCACCUAACAGAAGAUAACUGACAAACGGGCAGGGACUACCUGACCUUUUUAGUUUUCUAUUGCAAAACAUUUUUUCUACGUUUUGAACUAAUGAAUAUGACCCUGACACUGGUGUGUGGUGAUGGUAGUGUGGGGGUAUCAAUGUUAUGUUGAUGAGAGGGAAUAUGUUCCUAGAUCUGUAUUUGAGAGGCAUGUCUUUGAUUCCUACCAGGUUUUUAAACCAAUCACAGGACAAGAUCUGCUGAUGUAAUCCACAUGGCGGGUGUUGUCAGAUGCAGCCAUGGUAACGGACCCCUGAUACAUCUCCACCUCACGUCUCCAUGGUAACAGACCCUGAUACACCUCCACCUCACGUCUCCAUGGUAGCAGACCCCUGAUACAUCUCCACCUCACGUCUCCAUGGUAACAGACCCUGAUACACCUCACGUCUCCAUGGUAACAGACCCUGAUACACCACCUCGCUGUCUCUUCUAUCCUCUCCUCUCUCCUCACCUCUCUCCUUUCCUCUCUCCUCACCUCCUCACCUCUCCUCUCCUCUCCUCUUCCUCUAAACCUGGUUCAGUUUCCAUCAGAGAAGCACUACAGCACCGAAAGCACCCUUGUGAAACUUAAAAUUGAAAAAUAUGAUUUUGUUUUUCUUUUCGAUGUGUUUGAUCAUGUGGUUGAUCAUGUGUAAUAACAGAUGAUAUGGUGAAAUGUAGCCCAGUGGUAACUACGACACCACGUCAAGUUAGUUGCGUAAAGUCUGUGUGACAUUUUUUUGUUUGGAGAAAUCCCCCUCUGAACUCUCUGAGCUAUGACCCCGGAGUCUGACCUCUAUGAAACAUCUCGUCUCUAGUCUAGAUCAAGGUUCUCCAUAGAGAAUGAUAGAGGCCUCUAGUGGCCAAAAGGCCAUUUAACAUGGACAGCGCCAUUGAGGACUUACACCAUUUUAAUGUAGUUAAAUAAAUGAAGUUGGAGUUCAACCGGGUCAUCAGGAGGAAUCAGACAAAGAUGAG